AUGUACACCUUCAAACGGGGCAAAGAGGGCGAAUACAAAAACUGCAAUGAGAGCCCUGUGCUGUUAGAAAACUCGUGCAAGAUUGACGAUGAUGAUGAUAAUCUUGAUACGCCCAUGGGCAAGGCGUUCUUUGUGCCCGACAAGGAUGGGUGUAAGUCUCGGAACCGCAAGGGGAUUUUGCUUGGUACGGAUGGGAAGAUCUUUCUGUAUGAGUGUGAGAGGGAUGAUCACCAGUUUACUGAGUGGUGUGGAUUUAGCUGGGCGAGUCAGUUUUGGCUUGAAAUAAGUUAG